AUGACUAAGCUUGUCCGUCUGAUCACUGCGUUCUAUCACGAACAACCAAAGGGAACAGAUGGAGCACCAAUGGACUCGCCAGGUACCAUUAUACUACCCUAACGUUUAUCAAAGGAGACAGUACGAGUGAUGGGUCGUCAAUUGGGAAAACUGUGCCACAUCCAUCCAAUCACUGUUUUCGAUUACUUGCUCAGCCAGGUGGGUGCUGUCUAUAAGAAGUAUAAUGUGGAACUGUCAGGAAUGCUGAAUUACGUCAUGAAUCAGCUCAAGAAUGAUAAGAGCUUCGAUCUUCUUGUACUCCGUGAGGUUAUACAGAAUAUGGCUUGUAUAGAAGGCGUUGCUGGAGCU